CUUUCUUCCACCACAACCACUGCCAUGUCAGCCGUCCUUCGUCCCGUCGCCCGUGUCUCUCAACGUCUCUCGACGUCGCGCAGCGCGUCUGCUGUCGGCGCCGUGCGCGCCUUCCACUCUCCAUUCACCGUCCUUGACAACUCGCCAUUGACGUCGCCUCCUUCGUCAUCGUCAAAUGCGAACAUCCCCAACACCUCACAUUACGAAAAGCACUACGACACAGACCACGGCUCGUUCGCUUCAUUGAACGGAUAUCGUACCUACGUUGUCUCACAACCCGACACCGGCUCGAAGUACUACCAGGUCCCUGCUGGUGCCUAUCCCACAUCUGCCCCCUAUGUGCAGUUCACCGCCACGGAAGCGCCCCAAUACAGCAUGAACGACAUCAGCUCUACAGCCGCCGAGCUCCUCGCUCACCCUAUUACUCGCUCCGCCCCACAAAACCCCUCCGGCGUUGGCGCCAGCUCUGCCAUCCGGGAAGGCGUCGCCCCUGGCGCGAUGGGCAAGAUGGGCGGCAGCCAUGGUGGUCUCGGUAUGAUGGACAAAGCCGGUACUACCCCUGGCAAGCUCGCCGACAGGAAUCCCCAACCCGACGGUCCGGCUGCUGCCAAAUUCUCAAAAGCAGGCGUCGGCAGUGCGUGGAAGAUGAGAAUAUGAAGAGGGGUUCGAAGAGAGAAUGGAAGGGAAGGUGAAGUGAUGGGUUGUUGGGUCGGUGUUACAGUGGAUGGCUAUAGACAUGUUAUGCUUCGAUGAUCAUGAAGUGGUUCAUUAGUAGAUCGGGUGGUUCUUUCCCUUUAAUCCUCGUUGGCACGUUCGUCGUUUCAUGCCUUCCAAAACCAAUGUAUUAAUAGUGCCCGUACUGUAUUGUUUCCUCGAAACGACUAUAAUUUGCUACGACAUAAUGGACUCUUACGAAUUGCUCAGUUUUACG